UCUUGCUGCUUCAUGUUCAUGGCACUCUGAUCAAAUCUCUGAUCGAAGUUAGCAUUGAUGAGCAUUAAUCAUCUUCAAACAUUUUUUCUAUUCAUACUUCUUCAGAUUGUCACAUCUCAUCCACCAAGAAGGUUCAUCAUGGCAUUUUCCACAUUCAUGUGCCAACAAACACAACCAUUUCUAGAUUUUCCAUCUAGUGGGCUGAAAAUGGAUCUCUUCAAUCCUCAAAGACACAAAGAAAAGGUAGUGAUUGUAAUGGGAGCAACAGGAACUGGCAAGUCAAGACUCUCCAUUGAUCUUGCUAGUCGGUUUCCGGCCGAGAUCAUCAACUCUGAUAAAAUGCAAGUGUACAAGGGACUUGACAUAGUCACCAACAAAGUCACUGUAGAAGAGCAACGUGGUGUGCCUCACCAUUUGCUAGGGAUAGUAAAUCCUAAUGCUGAUUUCACGGUAACAGAGUUUUGUGACAAAGCAUCACAUAAGAUUGAGUCAAUUGUAGGACAAGGCCGCCUUCCAAUCAUUGUUGGAGGCUCCAAUUCUUACAUUGAAGCCUUAAUAGAUGAUGAUGAUUUUAUAUUUAGAUCAAAGUAUGAAUGUUGCUUUCUUUGGGUGGAUGUGUCAAUGCCUUUGCUUCACUCAUUUGUGUCAAAGCGAGUUGAUCAAAUGCUUGAAAAGGGCAUGAUAGAUGAGGUAAGAAAAAUGUUCAAUCCCAAUUUGGACUACUCAAGAGGGAUUAGAAGGGCAAUUGGGGUUCCGGAAUUCGAUCUAUAUAUUCGAAGUGAACAAUUUUUAGACAAAGAACAACGUGCAAUGUUACUCCAAGAAGCAAUAUGUCACAUUAAGGAAAAUAAUUGCAAAUUAGCAUGCCGCCAAAGGGAGAAAAUUCACCGGCUUAGAAAUAUGAAAGGGUGGAAUAUGCACAGGCUUGACGCCACAGAAGUGUUUCGAAAGCACGGAAGAGAAGCAGAUAAGGCAUGGGAAGAGCUUGUAGCUGGACCAAGCGGUGAGAUUGUUGGCCAAUUUCUUUACAAUUUGGCCACCAAGGUACCUACAAAUGUCGCAGGCAUUAAGAUGAGGAAUGUAGGAGCUGCCAUUGCAACAGCAACUUAUCAGAGGAUGCAAAAGGUGGAUACUUGCUUCUGACGAUAUAAUUAAGAGAGAGACAACGGAGAUCUACUUUUUGAACCAAAUUUUGUACUAGAUCACAUUCUACUUCUCUU